AUGCGGCAGAGCAUUGCAGCACCAAAGGAAACUUACACGGGGGAAAUGGAAAGCCAUUUACAGUGGAAACGCAUUUCAGGCAAGAAGCCAUUUAAAUGUACAGAAUGUGAUAAGACAUUUACAGCACGUAAUGGUCUUGUGUUGCAUCAGCGAGUUCACAUGAGAGAGAAACCACAUAGGAGUGUGAAUGAGAAGCUUGACCUGCCACGUGUUAAAGCUCACAAAGAUGAUAAACCAUAUAAAUGUGCUGAGUGUGGUAAGGGUUUCACAUGCAAUAGUAACCUCUUAAUUCAUCAUAGAAUUCACACAGGUGAAAAACCAUACAAGUGUACCGAAUGUGGCAAGAAAUUUACCCAGAAAAGUAACCUUGUUACACAUCAAGGCACUCACAUGGGACUGAGGCCUGUUAAAGGAAAGAAGGUGCAUAAAUGUGUUGAGUGUGAGAAGACAUUUACAACUCAGAGAAAGUUUAUACUUCAUCAGCAAAUGCAUGCUGAUGAAAGACCAUAUAAAUGUGGUGACUGUGACAAGGAUUUCAAGUACCAGAGUGAACUUAAAAAGCAUGAGCAAAGUCACAUCAUAGAGAAGCCAUAUAGUUGCAAUAUCUGUGAGAUGAGUUUUACACACAAAAGUAGCUUCAUACUGCAUCAGCAAAGUCAUUCUGUGGCUAGACCAUACAAGUGUACUGAAUGUGGCAAGUCUUUUAAAGAAAAAGGCACUUUGAAGAAACAUCAGCUGAUUCACACUAGAGAGCAACGGUCUUACAGAUGUAUUAAAUGUAAUAAGAGCUUUAAGCAGCUGAACCAUUUGUUGGUACAUAGGCGAACUCAUACUAAAGAGGGUUCAUACAAAUGUCAUGAAUGUGACAAAAGUUUCACAACCCAGAGUAGCUUCAUAUUACAUCAGGGAAUGCAUUUUCUUGAGCUGUCUGGAGACAAGUCUGAGAACUUUUCAUGGCAAAGUAAUUUGGCACCAUAUGAGCCAAUACAAUCAGGAGGAAUAGAAAAACCCGAACAGUGGCGCCACCACCCUGCUAAGAGACACUGUAAAUGUCUCGAGUGUGGCAGGAAGUUUGCAACACAAACUGGUCUUCUUUUGCAUCAACGAAGUCACAAAGUGAGAACAUAUAAAACUGUGUACAAAAAUUUGGAGCAGAAACCUUACCAAGUGAAUGACAAGCAAAUUCAAAAUGAUGAAAGACCUUUUAAAUGUAGCUCCUGUGAUAAGAGUUUCACAUGUAAUAGCAACCUCAAAAUUCAUUUGCGAAUACACACUGGUGAGAGACCUUACAAAUGUUCAGAAUGUGACAAAACGUUUACGCAGAAGAAUAACUUGAAAACGCAUCAACGGAUUCACACGGGGGAGAGACCAUAUAAAUGUGCUGAAUGCGACAAAAGUUUUGGCCAGAAAUGCAACCUUCUGAAACAUCGACAAGUUCAUACUGGUGAAAUCCCGUAUAAAAAUGAUGACUCCAUAUAUUUUGCAUCAGACACAAGUCCGAGAAGUCCACAGAUCGACACAGAACACCAGAAGUACCAAUCAGAGUUGUAUGGAAAGAGGAGUGCAAGAGCAUCAACCAUCAGCCAGCGGGAGUAA